CGUAGCCUUUUCAUGGAUAUUACAAAAAUCUGAGAACAGUAGAUCGAUUCUUACUAGAACAUAGGGUGCUCAAAGGUGGAGGCUCGGUGACCCAUAACAUCCUAAAACCAGUCAAUAGCAACUUCAAAACUUGUAUAAGAUACUCCGGAUAUUUAUACAAGCUACCCAUUACAUUAUUGGAAAUUAGACGUUUUACUCAUUUCUGUCAAGGAAACGUCACCAGCGCACUUUGAGUAACUUUGUGGCAGCCCAUUCCAAACUACACUACCAACUCAUAGUCUUGAUUAAGAAAUUGUAAUAAUCUCACACUUGUGUUGUUACAGACCGCUUUAAAUUAAUUACCCCAUUAAACGUUCUCUAGGGAUCACUGCACCUAACAUUUCACCACCACAAAAAUUACGUUAAAGCUAGAGAAAAACAUAUUAGAGGUGAUAUGACUGAAUUGGCUGACAAAAAAUGUGAUGAAACACAAUUAAGCGAGAGACCAGGUAUUUUUCAGCCUUUGGAUUAUUCGUUUCUGAAUAUAAAAAACGUAUCAGAUUUAACUGUGUGUUGUCCGAGAAUAAUACCUAGUAGCAAUUCGGUCAUUAAAAAGGAUAUAAAUGAAAAAUGGGUUACUCGGACUCUGAAAAUAAAUAACAACCAAAUAGAGGACAUUUCUACACUACCUGUUGUGGUUCAUGAGCUUUUCGGAGACACGUCCAGCUUAACGUGGUUAGAUAUAUCUUGUAACAACAUACCCAGUAUUCCAAAUUCUUUUAGUAGUCUUAAACACCUGAAAAUCAUCUAUAUGCAUGGAAAUAAAAUAGCAACACUCCAGGAAGUGAUAAAACUCAGACAGUUACCGAAGCUCACGAAACUUACGUUACAUGGGAACCCCAUUGAGAAGGAGAAGGUAAUGACUUAUAUCAGUUCACUGAAACAGCUACUGUUGACCAUGCUGUUCCGUUUUUUAGAAGAACAUACGUCCCAACUCUCAUUGCGACAUCAUCAAGCCAAUUAUGUGGCUUUUGGCCAAGUAUCAUGAUACAUUUUCUAUGCUAAAAAUAGCCUCUUAUAAACACCUAAGGGCUCGAAACAAGCCCUUGAAUUUCGUAGUACAAAUUCUUGUUGUGAGUGGUUUACAUAAGUGUGAAAUGAGGGAACUAAAAAAUACAGUAAGUUGAGAGGGGCUGUGCUUUCCCUACUCUUGAGAAAUAGAGUAGGCAGGCUUAUCUUGAGGAAAACCACAACAAACUUGUUACAAUGUGGAGAUAACUCCUUUUGGCAUCAUAUAUACUGUGACGACGAUCAUGGUCAAAAGAAUCGUUCACUAAAACACACGCACGAUACAAACACUAAAAAUUGACAUUGCAGUUUGAGGAUUACAUGAUAGUAGAUAUGGACAUAGACUUCCUAAAAGUAUAAGAGGAAGAACAAACUAAAUUCCCUUCGCAUGUUUGUGAUGUGAUAUACGACUUGGAAAUUAUUAUUAAUAAAAUGGCAGCAUUUUUUAUGAUCGGAGCAUCAUGUUUGCAGUGGUGAAGAAACCUUUAUUGGAAUCCGAUAAACCUUAGGAUUGUCAACAUCUUACUUAGUAAAGUUCAUUCAGUUCAAUGUUUUUUUCUUUCUGCAGGGUUACUUUCACACGGUUCUCUCAAUAUUACCAAACCUAGUAACUCUCGAUUUUACUGGAAUCUCGCAGGCGGACAAACAGACUGCCGCACUGAUCAGACGUCCUGGUCAGAACAAACAUUGAAAGAGGGGAUCUCUCCACAUCGUCAGUUUCUAAAAUAACCAUUGGAAGUGUACCAAACGAAAAACUAAAACUGCUAAAGACAAUGAAACAGAGUAUAUUUUGCCAAUUGCUUUUUUGUCGAAAGACCCUCAUCCCUUUUAGCUUAUACUUUUCUAGUUGUUUUGAUAAUGAUACAUUUAAAAUUGGAAUUAUUCUAGUAAUGCAUAACACAAUAAUCGCAUUUUGAUGACAAUUUGAGAAUACGGAAAUACCGAAAGCUUAAUUUUGCUUUACAUGCAAGAUACAUACGCAGAUGAUAUAGUCAUGUUUCGUGAAGACGCUGAUAAAAUGCAGUCUUUUGGUGGCUCUGAGCAACAAUACUAGAAUGUUUGGGGUGCGCUUCUCUCCUUUUAAAUGCAAAUUGUUGCUCCAGGACUGGCCUGCAUCAACACCCAAACUAAAGAUAGGGAGUGAAGUAGUCGAACGCGUUGACAACCUCACUUAUCUUGGAAGUCUGAUCAGCCAUAAUGGGUUCGUGUCCGACAAAAUCUCAGCACGGAUUCGGAAAGCUUCUUCGGCUUUUUUGCCAACAUACGUCACCUAUGGUGAAUGCGAGAUAUCCGUCUAUCAAUUAAGGGACAAGUAUACUGCGCGACAGUUCGUUCCAUUCCGCUUUACGGCUGCGAAAUGUGACCAUUAAGAGUUGAAGAUACACGUAAGCUACUAGUAUUUAACCACAGAUGCAUUAGAAAUAUUGCUCGCAUCUGCGGGGAUCACCGGGUAAGUAAUAGUGAAGCUAGACGCAGGGUAUUAGGGAGUGAUGGUAAAUAAGUUGACGAGGUUGUGAAUCUUCAUCGACUGAGAUGGUUGGGUUAUGUAUACAUGAACACUGAUUACCACGACGCGCAUGCUGACUAGUGUAGGGGCGGCCAAACCAAAGCAUGGCACCAGUGCUUGAAGUCACUAACUUCUAGUCUUAGUCAUGUCUGUAGAUGCAGACCACUUGGUUGGGGUCCGCGUGACUAUCGUAACCAAUGGUUGGAGACUCUUGGUGACAUGGCUGAGAAUGGAUCACAAUAGUGUAAGUGUAUACACUCUUUGUCCUCUCUUAAACUGUGAGAUUAAAAUUGCUUUGUAUCUUUCUUCCUACCAACUAACUCUUUCUGCCUGUACUAUAUCCUUAUAUGCAAUCUUUCUUUUAUAUAUUACCACCAUUGAAUUUACUACUUCUAUGAAUCCAGUGUUCAUCUUGAUGUGCUAAUGAGGUUUGGCAACUUGGACCGAUGCACAUAUGUGCCUGGCCCUACGUUGUAACUGACUGACGCAAGAGAUAUUCGCGAGAACUUACACAAGAUGAUGAUUUAAACUGAAAAUAGUGAUAAACCUUGUUGUAUGUUAAUUUUCAAAAGGUUUAUGUUAUGACUGGCCAUAGUUGAAUGCUAUGCCUGAAUCUCUUGUUUUUAUACUCGGGACAACGAGGAACCACUGCAAUUCCAUCGACGCGAAGUAAGAACAUCAAGACUGGUACAAAUGAGGAUUUAUUAACUCUAAAACACGACGACGACCCUAGUCGAAAAUGCACUCACAUAUUAAUUGUACAGAUGUUGAUUAUUAAUUAGAAGGGAAUCACAUAUAUGAAAAAUACCUAGAGUUGUAACAAAUUACAUGCUGCAUGUCAUGCUGAGUAUAGUUCACGUUAAUUUAAUACAAGAAUACCGUAUCUUGAACAAACGCCACACUCAAAUAACUUGAUGUUAUGCUGAAUAUAAUAUAUUGGAAAACGAAACAAAUACUACCCUGGGUAACCAUCACACUGAAUUAAAAUUGAAGUAAUGUUGGACAAAAAUAACAAUGGGUAACGGAAUAUAACUUGCUUUUAAAUCCCGUCAUAUCGGCUCUUCCAUGUUGUUUCAAAUGAUCAAGUUUACUUGAGAUAGUAAAAUGACGAGAAGCUCACCCAGAAACACUUAAAACUACUUGUCAAGACCGAUUUUUAAACAACUGUUCUACUUCAGUUCCUACUAAUUUUAAGAGAUGUAUCAAAAUCCAUGAUCACAACAGUUCACAACAUUUUAAUAUUCACACUCAAGACAAAUUAGUGUAAUACAACAGAGCUAAUCUUAUCUGUUAAAAUCACAACAGAAUAGAUUGGUUAAAGUGAAAGACUUAUGCUACUGUGGAUGUUAGAUCAAAUGAGGUUUUCUAAAACUAAAUUCUGAGAUAUAAUUGUAUCUAAUAAAAACUAAUUGGCACUGCUUCACCAAGAGAUAGAUAGGUAAGGAAGUUAACGAGAUGUUUAUACUGAUAUCUAAUUUACGAGUAAGCUACACAGAAAAAAAAGAUAGUCGUUAAAACAAGGUGGACAAGUUGAAGUACUGAUAAACAGUAGUGAGUGAUGGAAGAGAAUACACCCUGGACUAGUCGGCAAGGCAUGUCUACAAUAACAGUGAUACUCUACGACGUUGGUAAAUCUGAAGAGGCCAAUUGGUGACUAAUAAUAUCCUUAGCAGAUUGUAAGCAUAAAAUAUAAAAAUAUACACAACGCACCUAAUACACAUCACACGAAAAGCACACUCCUCUCUUCAAAAAGUAGGAAAUUUUUACGGAACUCAUCAUAAUACGCAUCUACAACUUUUUGACUGAAGUAAACGUUUCAAGUUGGAAUCCAUCAAAGCGCAAGGACGUGUAAUUGAAUCAAGAUCCAAAAAAGCCAAGUAUAUCGCAAGGAAAACGGCUUUUUCGCAAAUAAGUUCCAAAGACGCUGAUAAGAUAGUCUACUUAACUAAAGAACCAGAGAUUUAUGUCAACAGUAUGGAGACAUCCUGGCCAGUUUUCAUUGUAUUU